GAUACUGAACUGUUUGAUUCUGCUCGUAAAUUAAAAAUAGCAAGCGCAAAUACGUUAGAUUAUAAAUUGUUUAGAAGUCAGCGUCGCAUAAUCGUGAUGAAUGAAGCAUUAUUAUCAUUGUAUAUGCAUAAGUUUGGUUUAUAUAAUCGUAAUUUUCGAUUUAUUCGUUUAUUAAUUAUCAACUAG